GUCUCACAUCACUUCACUGUUUAGUGUUUAACCUUUAACUCUCAAACAACAAAUAAAUUUAAGAACUAAAAUGUUAAGAACAAUUCCAUUUCUUGGUCGUUCAGUUUCUCGAUGUGUAAAUAUAGUAAGUUCCAGUUUCGUCUCAACGAAGAAUGCGAUUCCUCGACAUUAUUCUAUUGCGAUAGAUCCGGUUAAUAUUCCACGUGUUCAGAAUCCGGCACCUUACUUUAAAGGGACUGCUGUUAUUAAUGAUGCAUUUCAAGAUAUAACUUUGCAUGAUUAUCGUGACAAGUACUUAGUUUUAGUGUUUUACCCAUUGGAUUUUACAUUUGUAUGCCCGACAGAAUUAAUCGCGUACGAUGAGCAAUAUGACAAGUUUAAGAAAGCUAAUACAGAAGUAAUUGGAGUGUCUGUAGAUUCUCAUUUUACCCAUUUGGCAUGGACUAAUACAAGUCGAUCGGAAGGAGGAUUGGGCAAGCUGAAGUUGCCAUUACUCUCGGAUCUGAACAAAGACAUUUCAAGAAGUUACAAUGUGCUGUUAGAGAAAGAUGGUGUUGCACUUAGAGGGUUGUUCAUAAUUGAUCCAAAGCAGAUUAUUCGACACAUAUCAAUAAAUGAUUUGCCGAUUGGAAGAUCAGUCGACGAGACCUUGCGGUUAGUAGAAGCUAUACAAUUUUUUGAAAAACACGGCGAGGUGUGUCCAGCAAAUUGGACUAAAGGUGGCAAAACUAUUAAGCCGGAUCCUAAAGGAUCAAAAGAAUAUUUUGGAGCUGCCAAUAAAUGAAGACUUGAAGCAGGUCCUGCCAGAUGAUUAGGUUGUAAGCUAAAAAUAAGUUCUGUUUGGUGUUUGUAAGACAAUGGAUCUAAAGGGUGUAAAUUAAAGGAACUUUAUUGUGUUUUUUACUUA